CCCGGUUGUAGUCGCGGCGGCCCGGCCGGCGUGUAAAUAACAGAUGCGGGUGAAAGAGCCUUCCAAAGCUUUGCCUGAGAAAGUCAAAAGAAGUAAAAGGCCUGCUAUACCUCGUGAUGAAGACUCUUCAGACGACAUUGCUGUAGGUUUUACUUGCCAACAUAUAAGUCAUGCUAUCAGUGUGAAUCAUGUGAAGAAAGCAAUAGCUGAGAAUGUGUGGUCAGUUUGCUCAGAAUGUUUAAAAGAAAGAAGAUUCUGUGACGGGCAGCCAGUACUUCCCUCUGACGUUUGGUUGUGCCUCAAGUGUGGAUUUCAGGGUUGUGGUAGAAACUCAGAGAACCUUCAUUCACUGAGGCACUACAAGAGUUGGAGAACAGAAUCUCACUGUAUUACAAUUAGUCUGAGCACGUGGGUUAUAUGGUGUUAUGAAUGUGAUGAAAAACUAUCAACACAUUGUAAUAAGAAGGUUUUGGCUCAAACAGUUGAUUUUCUCCAGAAACAUGUUUCUAAAACACAAACAAGUGCAUUUUCUAGAAUCCUGAAACUUUGUGAAGAAAAAUGUGAAACAGGUGAAAAGAAGGGAAGAAAAGGAAGCAGUGUAACAGCUGUGAAAGGAAUUUCAAAUUUAGGAAAUACUUGCUUUUUUAAUGCAGUUAUGCAGAACUUGGCCCAGUCUUACAUUCUUAUGGAACUGAUGAAUGAGAACAAAGAAAAUGGUACAAAACUCAAGAUUUUUCCUUCCUCAGACUCUCAGCUGGACCCAUUAAUAGUGGAACUUUCAAGCCCUGGACCAUUGACCUCAGCCUUGUUCCUGUUUCUUCACAGCAUGAAGGAGACUGAAAAAGGACCACUUUCUCCUAAAGUUCUUUUUAAUCAGCUUUGUCAGAAGGCCCCUCGAUUUAAAAGUUUCCAGCAACAGGAUAGUCAGGAACUUCUGCAUUAUCUGCUGGAUGCAGUGAGGACAGAAGAAACAAAGAGAAUACAAGCUAGCAUUCUAAAAGCAUUUAACAACCCAACUACUAAAACUGCUGAUGAAGAUACUAGAAAAAAAGUCAAAGCGUAUGGAAGAGAAGGUGUGAAAAUGAACUUCAUAGAUCGGAUCUUUAUUGGUGAAUUAACUAGCACAGUCAUGUGUGAAGAAUGUGCAAAUAUCUCUUCAGUGAAUGAUCCUUUUAUUGAUAUUUCACUUCCUAUAAUAGAAGAAAGGGUUUCAAAACCUGUACUUUUGGGAAGAAUGAGUAAAUGUAGAAGUUUGCAAGUGACAGAUGAUGGUCAGUGCGGUGACACUGUUACCAUAGAAACUACUCAUCAACCCAGAGCCACACAGUCUUCAUCUAAAGAUAAGAGUCAACUGGCCGGGGGCAGGCCCGGAGCCGCUGUCACCGGCGGGAAGCCCGAGGGCGCCGAGAGCCCCGAGGCCAGCGGCGGAGAGGCCGGCGCCUCGGAGAGCAGCGCGGACGCGGACAGCGAGGCCUCGGACCCGAGCUCGAGCCCCGAGCGCGCCGGGCUGCUGCCGGGCCGCGGACCCCGCACGAGCGCCGGCGCGGGAGGGCGCCCCGCCGCGCCCCGGACUAGCCAGGCGGCUGCGCGCGCGGCCCAGGCCCUCUCCGGACUUCACUUGAGCUGCACUGUCACCGGACACAGAGCUUCCCAGAGAGAAGACCAGCCCCCGGAUGCUCCAGACCUUUCGUGUUCGGAGGAGACGCACCUGUUGGCCCCCGGCCCCCAGGAUGCUUUCCAGACCCUUUCUCACAGCUACGUGACCACCUCCAGAGAAUGCUCCGUUCAGUCCUGCCUCUACCAGUUUACCUCUAUGGAACUGCUGAUGGGGAAUAACAAGCUUCUGUGUGAGAACUGCACUGCAAAGAAACAGAGGCGCCACAAGGCAACCAGUUGUGCCGAAAAGAAAGCCGAAUCCGUUUAUACUAAUGCCAGGAAGCAAUUGCUCAUUUCUGCUGUUCCAGCUAUCCUAAUUCUCCAUCUUAAAAGAUUCCAUCAGGCUGGCUUGAGUCUUCGAAAAGUAAACAGACAUGUAGAUUUUCCACUUAUCCUUGAUUUAGCACCGUUCUGUUCUGCUACUUGUAAGAAUGUAAGUGUGGGAGAUAAAGUUCUCUAUGGUCUCUACGGCGUAGUGGAACAUAGUGGCUCAAUGAGAGGAGGUCACUACACGGCUUAUGUGAAAGUGAGAACACCCUCCAGGAAAUUAUUGGAACAUAUCAUUGGCGAGAAAAAUUUACCUGGUUUGAAAGAACCUGAUGGUGAAUCAGCAGGCCAGUGGGUCCAUGUUAGUGACACUUACGUGCAGGUGGUUCCAGAAUCAAGAGCACUUAGUGCACAAGCAUACCUUCUUUUUUAUGAAAGGAUAUUAUAAUUAUCUGUUAAUAAUUAGUGGCAAUGAUUAUUUAGGUCACUUUUGUUUAAAUGCUGCAACGAUAACCAUAAUGCAUAAUGUGCCUUUGUAGUCUUUUCUGUAGAAAUAGCAUGUAGAUGCCCCUGAAGAUUUUUACCAUUUUGGUGUUCUUUUAAAGCAAAUUAAAUUUACUCAAUGCUUUCAAAUGUAUAUUCUUAAAAUAUAUGUGAACACAUGUUUUUAAGGAAUAUUUGUCCUGGACAAACACCCCAGAUUUUGAGCAGUAAAGGGAACCUCCUUAUAAUGUGGCUUAUUACUCCAAACAUUCAGAAAUGAUGCUGGCUAAUCAAAUUGUUCCUUAAAACAGUGUUUACUAAAUGUGAGUCACAUACCACCAUUCUCAUGUCCUAUAUAUGUGUGUAUAUUAUCUCCUAUGCCAUUGUUUACUCAUUAUUUUUAAUCUUAUUUUUUAGCCUUACAUUUUUAAACAUAGCUUUGUUUUGAGUAUCUACGUUUUAUGUGCUAGUCACAUUAUUUUUAAUAAACAUUAACAUAAAUAUGUAACUAUUGAAGAAAAAUUGUUCACCCAUGUACCACUCCACUUAAAAUCAUCUCAGGGCUGUCCAGUGGUGUAUGUAUACCACUGUGUGGGAAACACUGGUAUAACAUAUACAGUAGGCACAGUGACCUCAUCAUAUUUUGUGUGAUUCAGCCAUAUAAAAUGAUACCACUGUAGCUUCAAUCAUAGGGGUCUACAAGUAAUUUAUUGAUGAGCUUAUUGCUUUCAGGUUUUGAGAACUAGAAAAAAUAUUGAAACAUAUCAACAUAUUGUUUGCAGCCUAUUCAUGAUGCAGUUGAAGAUAAUUUGCAUGUAAUUAGCCAAGGUCAUAAUAUAAUUAUUGAUAAUUGUAACAUGCAGAAUUGAUAAAUAGACCACUGGAUACCUUUGAAAUAUAAAUUACCAAAUUAUAUUUGUAAAGGACAGAGAAUUAUAUUCUUAUUAUACUUGACAGGGAAAUAGGCAUUUUCUAGUUCUGUAGGUCAGUAAAUAUUAAUAAUGAUUUUGAGGUUUGAGAUCACUUUUCCUUGUCAUUUACAAGCAUCAAUAAGUUCAAGUGGGUCUAGCUUAUAUUUUAAUGGGGUAUAAAAGUUGGCAUUUCAGAUUUUAAGUAAUUAAAUAAUAGCAAAAAUAUGAUAGUUUACCCCCCCAAAUACAAAUUAUUAAACUGUCAAAACUUGACAUGAAAAUACUACUAUUAGGCUUAAAAUUUUUUAAAACAUAUGGCUACUUGGGUCUGACAUUACUGAAUCAAAACACAUAACUGCAUGGUUCAAACAUCCUAAUCAUUAGUGCCAACACAUCAUAUACAGGCAGCUACUUACUGGAUAAGUGCCUAGUUCCAGUUCAUUCUCCUCUUAGGAAGGAAGGAUAAGAAUAGUGGCUGUAGAAAAUUUUAACCAAAUCUCUGACCCUUCUUAACAUUUAAGGUUGUAUAACAUUGUCAGGUUUGCUAGUGCUGUCUUUUGAUAUGUGAAUGAGUGUUGAAGAUUAGUGUGAUUAGUGUUCAAGAUGGCAAUAAUAUACAAAACUCAGAGCUUAAAAAUAUUAGUGCACAAAUUCUAUUUUUAAGGUAUUGAAAUUUCAAUAAGAGUGUUUUCUUGAUUUUUAACUUGAAAUAAUGGAGAAAUAUAUCUUUAUAAAUUAAAAUCUGCAAACUCAGGUUGUGUCCUGGAAAAAGUAGCUUAAGCUGUUUAAAGUGUUUUAUGUUGUUUUUUUUUUUUUUUUUUUGGAGGUAAAGAAGUGUUUUAUGUUUAGUUGUAAUCCACUAACAUUGAAGUUUUCAGUACCAGAGCAGUCAACUUUUUGGAAAAAUAGUAGUUAAAUCUCUGUAUUCAAGUUAGCCAUAUUGGUAAUGGCAAUUACCAUUCCUUUCCCCCAAAUCUAAAUAUUAAGUCACCUCAUUUUUCUCCUAAAAUAAGAUACCAUUUUGAGGCAUAUAUUUUUCAUUGGGUGGUCACCUGUUUUCAUUGAUAGAUGGAUAGACAAAAGAAAAAGUGAGGGGGGAGAGAAGGAAAGACAGGGAAAAGAAGAAAACAGGAUAGGAAAGAAACAAGAACAUUCUUUUCUGUUGCCUCUUGGCUUUAUCCUUCCUUACACAGCUAAAGUCAGAGAUGGUGAGAUAGGUGAGGGCAGGAAUCAGGUCAAGUCUCUUUUCAUUAAUAGGAUGCCAGGAAAUGGACCAGUACUGUAUCAAAGAGGAGACCUUUUGACCUUUAUUCUGAGUACCCGUUAACAGUGAUUGUUCAUUGAGUGAUACAUUGUAGCUUCAAAACAUUACCUCCAUACUCAAGUACUGCCGUAGUUUUUAUGUUUAACCUCACAUUUAUUCAUGAAAUAUGUAUUUUUUGAAUACCUACUAUGGAUCAGGGACUGUGCUGACACUAUUUUAACAUGUUUUAAUAUGGAGAGGCCUAUAUAUGUUUUAGACAUUAUUCCAGAAUUAAAAUGCAAAGAAGAAAUUUUAUUUUCAUUUCAUGGUAAAAAAAAAAAAGGCAGAAUCUGAAGUCUAUUUUUUUUUAAUGGCCUAGAGUUUAUGAAUAUUUUUCAGGGUCCGCUGGUAAUGUAAUAAAUUUGAUUUUGAUAUCUAAGAAUUUCCUAAAGAUUUGUAAUAGGGAAGUUAUGUCAAGUGACACAUGGGCCUACAUUUAAAUUUUUGCUUUUAUUCUGAACAUUUUGAAAGUACAUUUGCAGGGGUACAAAAUUGUGGAGCUUCUAUAAUAGUUUCUAGAUAACCUCAGGAAACCAUACAAAUAAGUGAGAAAUGUUUACAGGUUCUUGAAACAACUACAGUAGUGCUUGGCCAAUCAGAAGUUUCACUAACUGUAUAUAGAAACUAUUUUACAGGGUAUGUCUAGUCCCAGUUUCCUCUAGUUGUUCCUACUUAAGAUGAUGAAAUUUUGAUUGUGUCAAUUAUGUGAAUAUUUUUUGGCAUAGCCAAAUAUGUCUGUAUUUAAGAUUCUGUUAUUUAAUGUUCUUAAAACAGAUGUGAAAACCACCUUUUUGGGUGGCAAGGAGACUGGUAGUUGGUGUCAGUUCCAUGAGUUGAUUCCUGUUUUCUUAUUUUAAGUGCUCCAAGAGCUAUUUUACUAUAUAUAAUAGCUCCUAGUUUGCAUGUACGGUGCAUUUAGUCAGUGACUUUACACAAUAGCUGAAUAAAAUUUCCUGAAGAUUAAGCUGUGAAAUGUAUCACUUUCAUCCAAUUUUUAUAGUAAAAAUAACAUUCUACUUUUCCUAAAAUCAUAUUCAUAAUUUGUCUGCAUGUUACCUGAUCAAAUAAACUUAAACCAAAUACGUUAUGUGCAAUAAAAUUAUCUAAUGCGUUAAGAAAGAUGAUUUUUAGAUAUUUAAAAUGUUUUGGUUCAUGUAGAAGUCAUCAAUUCAAAUCUGUUUAAAAGAUAAAUGACUAUAUUUUAAAUUUUGAGUAAUGCUGGUUAUAUAGCAUUCCUAGUAUUUUAUCUUUACUUUUUUGUAGUGUUUUUAGAAAAUCACUAUGUAACUUAUUGAGCAUUAUUUUGAUGUUACUGUAUAAAAAUGGAUAAUAAACAUUAAAUUAUUUCACAAUUGGUCCUGGAGUUUUUGCAAUGCACAUUAUUGAUAUUUAUCAAUACUAUUUCCUUAUCUAGCUGUACAUUCAAAAUAUCCUUCGCAUUUUAGAAAUUAUUUCAGAACAAAAUAUCUUAUUAUAGUUAUUUUCACUCAAAUUUCAG